AUGCAUAGUAUGAAUCCUUACAGCUGGCCGACUCCCACUACUGUUCACGUCACAGACGCAGCCGCCGUUCGUGCCGUAUUGGCCCCGCAAACUGGCCUCGCCGCCCAGCUCCUUGCCCGGGCCAUUCCCAAUUCCCGCUUUGAGCGAGGUUUCGGUAUCCUUUCCACCUUCACAAGCGCCAGCGAGCACGUACACGCCGACUUCACAAGACGCGCAUUGUCUCGCAUCAGCCCCCACGGCGCGUCGUACCCGUGGCACGACAUUGCGGCGGCGGCAAGGCACAGUGUCGAAGCGCGCCUGCCGGUCGACCGGCGUACCAUCGAUUUCGACACCUUCACCCAGAUUGUCACUUUAAAGGUCGUGCUUGUCCAGCUCCUCGAUGCUCCUGAUGUGAUGAGGGAGGGCGACCUCGCUUCUGUCGCCCACCACAUCGGGGAGAUAUGGCGUGCCUCGAAGAGUGGAGACCCCACCCAGCACCUCCUCGCCGAGGUCAACGGGCACCUGCGUCGGUGGCUCCCGAUGGAGGAUAACCCGAUCGAACUGGUCAUCCCCGCGUACGAGACGAGCUGGCGCGCGGUCGCCCACACUGUCGCGCUCGCGAACAGGGACCUCGCGGCGCGCGCCGCGUUCGACGCCUUCAUGGCGUUGCCUAGCACCACGUCCUUCCGCGGGCUGGUCGGUGACGUCGAAUUCAGCGUCGAGAUGUUCGUCGGCGAGAUCUUCCGCCUUUACCCCCCUACUCGCCGCAUCACCCGCGUCGUCCCGGUCGGCGACUGCCCCUUCCCCAUCGCCGUUCCUGGCCAGCCGCGCGACAUCACUGUCGUCGCGGACAUCGAGGCGGUGCAGCGCGAUCCUGCCGUCUGGGGCGCCACCGCCGAGGGUUUCGACCCCACGCGCUUCUGCACAUUGACGGCUCUGCAGAAGCGGUCGCUGCUCUCCUUUGGGCAUGGCCGUCUCUCAUGCAUCGCCAAGGACUGGGCCCCCCUCGCCGUGGCAAUCCUGGCGGGGGCCGUUCUCGAGAGAGUUGGGCCCGAGAGUGAGUACCGACUGCUGGAAGGCCCGCGCUUGGGUCGGAGAGAUGGGUGGCACGGGUGGGAGGUCCGCGAGGCUGAGGUGUAG